GUCAAAAUGCAACGAAAGGAACGCAGCAUUAGUCUCUUGAUUGUAAGCAAUGGAGGAGGGCGUCUCGCAGCUCGCAACUGUCCUGCUGCACCGAAAACGAGGAGUGGAAAGGCGGGCGAGACGGCCAGGCAAGCAACGAAAGGAAAGACAAACGGAACAGAUUGGUUUCCGGUAGCGCAGCUACGCGACGAGGCAGCAGCUGCGCGAGGUCGGCCGUUUCGAAGCCCCGGGUUUGUCACAGGAGGCAGGAAACGCUCGCACCCGUUAAUAACCCAAUUAAAACGGACAGGAAACCCUGGUAGCCCCGGUACCGUCGGUCUGGACGAUGCCACACGAUGCGUCGACAGCGUUACUGUUAUCGUCGCUAUUACUGCCACUACAGGUGUUACUGUAUCGAAAGGGGACGCGGUAGAAGUCUCGUUCAUGGAAUUCGUAUUAAAUGAUUGUCCUAUUGCCAACGAUGCUCUCCAAAGUUCAUGAGUAUUGGGACAUCUGCUAGUUUCAUGUAAAACAUGGUAGUUUAACCAUAAUUAUCAAGGAAACGCACGAUUAAUCAGAAUUCGUCACGAAAAAUUGCGAUCAAAUUCACGCGAUGAGAAUAUAUUAAAUAGUGUUCAAGAAUUGAGAGAAACUCGAAGAAUGGUUUAUAGCGUGUGUAGAAUGGAAUAACAACAAAACAGAAUGACAAAUAAAACAGUGAAUGAUACAUUUGAUCAAAACUGAUUAAUUGAAAAAUACGACCGGUACGUGAGACGGAGAAAUUAGAGAUUAAUUUUAUUAUAUCAAAUUGAUGAAUUGUUAUACUGAAUUAUUAUGUAUUGAAUACGUGGGUCCUUUCGAGUCUAAAAUAUCAUUCAACCGCUUCGCUUCAUGUACGAUACAAAUGAUCUUUUUUAAAUAUUCAGAGUUGAAAAUAUCAAUUUGUCGGAUGAUAUCUACGUAAUCUACAUUUAACAAAAUUUACAUAUAAGAAAGAUUUGUCAAAAAAGCUAUGUACGUAUUUCACCAAAUAUAGUAUGUAUAUUAUUUCUGCGUAUAUCUUCAAAGAUCUAAAUGACCCACUUACAUAAUGUAAAUCUGUCAUAUAUGAUGGAUUAAAGCUAAUUGCAAAUAGUCAGUAAAAGAGUACCCAUGUAUAUACACAAUAAAAUCCAUUAAUCAAAUUAAUAAACUCUUCCGCCACUAAAAAAAAAAAAAAAAACAACCAUGGCUAACAAAACACAGUUGUGAUGACAUAUUGAAAACGAUCGAAAUUUUUAUUUUGUUUUUAAAACACUGAACAUUCUCAUCUCGUAAAAUCGACCGAACGACUAUUCAUCUGUCUUCUCGAAUAUUUAGACUUCGUUUGACUGUCCUAUAAUAUUGCGCUGUAUGAAUGUCCGAUUCGACAUCAAGUAAUCGAAAGUCGAUUACAAGCAUGCCAGAAAUUAAAUGUACCAGUUAUACCGGUUACAGCUAGUAAUUCGAAGCAGAUAUUAACGGUGUUCGACGAUUCACGGAUACAAAUCUGAUUUCCUCGGUCUGGCUACGAA